CAUAGGAUAUCCCGACCUCAGAUGAAAAGGGCUGGUAGCUGCUAUCACUAAUGUCUGUAGGAGGAGUCAGCGUGUUCGGAUGUAAUUUGUGCUUCUGUUUCAGUCACAGCGGUCACUCUGAAAUGAGGUACCGUUACUUGUUACAAUGGAGUCAGAGGAUUGGAGCUGGCCUCUUUAACUGAGGAACGGUCGAAAUGGGACGUGAUUUUAAUGUUUGUCCCCCGCAAUCCGAAGAAUUAUUUAUUUGGGUUUAAACCUCCGCAACUGCCCUGCUCUUCAGCAUCAUGGCAACGUGCACUUGGAUCAACGCAGCCACUCUCCUGGUGAUGGUGCUGAGCGUUUUUAAAUGUCUCUGUGCUGGGUCGUAUACCGCGAGAACCGAUCCGGACUGGAUUACAACCGGGGAAUCCACCGAUUUUACUACCAAUGCCACUGGUUUCCGAGAAUCCACGGUUUUGCCUUCGGACGUGGGGAGCCACACCACCGCUUCACCCAGCCGCUUCGAGUCCGCAUCUCCCGAGAAGACGGAUUCCUUCUCCGGCUCUCCAGAAGAGCGGCAGACGCUGGCUGGAGCCAGCACUGCCACUGAACACAGUCCUCAAACUGAUGUCCACACAGGAACGCAUCUGGAGGAAUGGAAGUCCCCUUCUCAGACAGACAGCACUUACAUCUCUUCCAGGACUUUGUUGUCUUUAUCCACAAAUAGCACCUCUCCUUACGCUGAGGGAACACAAUUCUCAGAUCAUUCCCAAAUGAACACGGGGAGAAGCGAACCUUGGAACAGCACCGAGGGGGACCUGACAACAUCUGAGCUGACGUCCACUGGGCCUGAGCACAGGCAGAGCACCAAGGGAUCAAGACACCUCACCACCCAUGUCUCCAGCGGUGAAAACCCCAGCACCGGCCCUCCUAAUGUAACUCAUCCGUCUUUACCCACAACAUCAGACAGUACCCCCAAUGCUACUCCACCUCUCAAUUCUUCCUGGAGUAUCACGGAAGAUCCAGAAACGAGCAGCUCUGCUGUCAUGUCUCAGAGUUCUCCCUCCUCCUCCAAAACUGGGUUCUCUUCUUCCUCUUCCUCUUCAUCCGUGCCACCAUCGUUGUCUUCCAAUUACAGCGUGCCAUUUACAAACAGCUCAUGGGCAGAUGGGGGUGGCUCAGUGACGUCCAUUACCCAUAGUCUUACUGACACUGACACUUCAACUGGGCCUCCGCUCCCCAGGACAGAUAACAAUACAGAUGGAAACCAGUCGCUCCCACCAGAGGAUGUUACACAUGCAAGCAUAACCACAGGCCCACCAUCACGAACAGAAUCGGAGACCACAGCGAAAGACCCCUCCACUGAAAUUGGUUCGUCUGAAUCCUUAGUCACCAACGGCUCUGUUACAGAGUUGUUCACUUCGAAAAUGGAAAAGGUGGAGAAAACUACUGUAGAGAACCCUCCUACAACACAGAAGAGCAUCACCGAAAGGACACCUUUGACUGAACAAGACACCCAGGUGAUCACGACUUCGCCCCCGGUAACAACCCGUUUCUAUGCGCCAGGCACAACAGAGGAGACUCGGACGAUUCAGACGGAACACAGUACCUCCUGGGCCACAACUUCCCAGCCCCUGAGCACAGACUCCACCUCUCAGCAUCUCUCACCAGCAGGAACUGAAGGAACGCACACUCAGGUCUCUUUGAGGACUAGCGUUCGUCCUACAAAUGUGUCAACCUUGGUAUUAGAAACAAGUACUGCUACACCGGGCAAAACACCAGGAAAAACUGAACAAACGACAGGUUUUUACAGGAGUACUAUGGUGAGCAGUACUGUUACAUCCACAUCUGCAACUGAGAAACUCACUGAGAAAGCAACCACAAUCACCCAGCUUACAAGUACAACAGCUCCAGCGACUACAACACUUCCACCAGUGAACAAAUGCCAGCCAAAUCCUUGUGCAAAUGGUGGGAAAUGUAGUCCUGGAAAAUCUCACUGUAUUUGUCCGUCGUCCUGGAGAGGGGAUAACUGCACCGAAGAUGUGGAUGAGUGUGUGUCCAGCCCCUGUCCCUCUGGCUCCACGUGUGUCAACACUAAAGGCUCCUUCACCUGUGAGUGUCCCCUGGGCUACAGCUUGGAAAAAGGAAGGACAUGUAAUCGCGCAAAGACUUUUCUGGGUACCUUCACGGUGAAAAAUGUGCACCUAGCGAACACAACGGACAGACGCUUUGAUGAGCAUGAAAUGCAACGAGAAAUAAUCCAAAUGCUCAAUGCAUCACUUUCACUCUUAGGGGGUUAUUCUAAGUCAACAGUCACUGUUUCAAGUGAGGCCGACGGGAUCCGUUGUUCUGCUGUGAACAUAUUCUCAGUGACUGCUAAUGUCACCAGUGUGGAUGUGCUUAGGAAUAUAAAUGAAUACCUGAAGAGCUGCACUCCAGCUACAACAGGGUGUUGCGUUGUUCAUCGGUGCAGCCUGUCCUACAGAGCUGACAGUUUGUGUGCCAAAAAUAAUUCCCGCUGUGACACGGAGAGGUCCACAUGCGGUGACAGCAGUGGGAUUGAAGUCUGUGAGUGCCUGCCAGGAUACUUCAAAUACAGCGCUGAAGAUCUAUCAUGCAGAGCCUGUAAUGAUGGGUAUAAACUGGAAAAUGGCACCUGUGUCAGCUGUCCUUUUGGAUUUGGAGGAUUCAAUUGUGGAAACUUUUACAAACUUAUUGCUCUGGUCGUGUUCCCUGCUGGAGGUGGCUUGCUGUUAAUUCUGUUAAUUGUUCUAAUAAUUACCUGUUGCAGGAAGGACAAAAAUGACAUCAGUAAACUAAUCUUCAAGAGCGGAGAGUUUCAAAUGUCUCCUUACGCAGAGUAUCCAAAGAGUAACAGAAUCUCCGUGGAGUGGGGGAGAGAGACGAUAGAAAUGCAGGAGAACGGAAGCACCAAAAACCUUCUUCAGAUGACUGACAUAUAUUAUUCUCCCGCUCUAAGAAACCAUGAGCUGGAGAGAAACGGACUGUACCCUUACUCUGGAUUGCCCGGCACUCGCCACUCCUGCAUCUACCCCGGACAGUAUAACCCCUCGUUCAUCAGCGACGACACUCGCAGGAGGGACUAUUUCUGACGGCGCACACGCCUGCGGGGGGCGCCACCGGUCCCUGACCGGGCCGGCGCCCGGUCGCCCCGGGGGAGGGUACGGCCCCGCUGGGGCUGGUCGGCUCCGCGCCUCGGCGACACACCGCGAAGAAAGAGCCGAGGAAGCGGCAGCGCGGAUGUCGCCUAUAAAGACUGAUUUCGUUCAUUCAAGCACGCAAUCGCUUUAUGUGCUUUUUAACUGUCGGAGGGAAACCCCUCCUCAAAACGACAGCAUGGUGCCGUCUCCCUUGUAAUAUUACAACGUGGCUAACUUAUCUCGAAUUCGGUCACGGAUUCCUCAUCAUGUGCCUCUGUCACACAUACUGUAUGGACACAUUUAUUUUACAGUGUAAAUUGUCUGUUUUUUUUUUUUCAUUGAAGGUAUUUAUGUGCAUUAUCAACGUUUAAUAUAAAUGUCCUUUUCAGCGUAAAACAGAUAUAUUUUAAAAAUGUAUUUCUCUCUGAUGAUCAGAGGCGUUCUUUUUUUACCACACUGUAGAACCACUAAUACUGUACAUUACGUUUGUAAUUUUUUCCGCCUCAGGCCUGUGAUCUAGUAGUGCCCACGUCGAUGAACUUUUCCACCUCCGAACUACUCUUGGCCUGUUUUAAGGUUACUGCAAAACAAAACUUUAUGAGGCUCCAGUUCUUCAGAUAUUACAAACCGUUAAUGGUGAAAAAUGAUCUGAUUUACAUUACACAUAAAGGGGUGGGUCUCUAAAGGGUCUGGACUUUUAGACUUUGAGCCCAAGACAUAUUUGAAUAUAAUAUCUAUGAUCUAUGAUAAGCCAUAAAUCGCCCCAUUGAGAAAUUUCUGUUGAAGUUCUGUUCAACCCCCUAUUGAGGUUGAACAAAAUGGACUCGUGGCAAUGUUUGAAAUUCUCACUAAGGGGUAAACCUGGUUCUGUGUGGAAAAUCACAAUCCACCUAUUGGUCACCCUUAAACCAUUGAUUUAAGGCUGUUUAAGAAGGAGAACGUUAGAAAAGCCAUACUGUAUGUGCCAUAUCGGUUACCUGCUUUUUAUUCCAAAUUUUAGAAAUUCAUUAUUAUAGAGUGAUCCAUAAACCCUACUGGGUUGUGUCUCUACAGAUUUGAUCACCCCUAUUCUAGUUAAUUUUGGAAGAGGUUAAAUCUUACAGUACUUUGUGCCAAAGAACAAUUUUCUGUGAUCGAUAUUGAUUGCAUGCUACAAGGUCGUUAAAUACCUUUGGCAGUCAUCAUGUAUGUUAAAAGGGCAAUACAUGUUCAGGAAGAUUUUGAAUCAGACCACAAAGGCAUCUGCAGUAAUGAAAGUACAGGAGUCGUAAAAGAUUGACGAUUUCCUCUUUGCUUCAGCGGUUGAUUUCGAUAAUCAAAUAGCUGUGACCUGCUAGAACCUGCAUUACUCCACACAAACCUUUUGCUAAGGGCAGAUAUUUGGAAACAGUGUGAAACUAGCCUUGGAUCUUUUACUUCAUUAGUCCCCUGACUGAAUAAUUGGCCGACAAUAGUUCCAUCUCUUUCCUUUCAUUUUCAGUUAAAUUACGUCCCUCCCUUCACUUAGACAUGGGUCAGGCUCUGUCUUCCAUUUUGUGAAAAGCCACUGUCUUAUUUGUGUAGGUGUUUUUACUCUCCAUAUCACAUAUCACACUAAAGAAAAUGUUUAUUUAAGAUAUACUAUGUUAGUCAAAUGUUUUUAUUUGACAAAUCUAACUUUUUUGCUGUUGUUUAUUUUGAUAAGUUAUCUCCCAAUUAAUUCUGGCGUUCUAGUCAGAAAUGCAUAGUAAAAUAAAAUAAAUGCAAAGGGUUAAAUAAAA